CAACAUAGCAAGGUCCGAGUUAGCUUCGUGUCAGGUCAGAUGAACACCUAAGCCAUGACACUUUGAUAGAAAGCCUGAUCAGAAGGAUUAACAUGGACUACAAAAUGAAACACUACAAAUUGAAGCAGGAUUCCCGUGAAAAUCAAAGGAUGAGACAAUCACACUCCCCACUUUGGGAAAACUGCGGUGUUCUGUGCUCUUUGCAGACUUCAUGUGAAGGCCUGAGGACAAGAGGCAUAUCUUACACCAGUAUUAUACGCCUGUGGUUCAUAUUCAGUGGAUUGAUCAGUCUAGUGUCGGCAGCUUCGAAGUGUCCUUCGCAGUUUUUCCAUAAGACAGUUCCAGAAAACACACCCAUCGACACAGAAUUAUUUUCUAUAAACCUCCCAGUAGAUACAACCUGGACAUUUGCUCCGGAUAGUUCUCAGAUUAGUUUUGCCAAAGGUUAUUUAGGACUGGACGCUUCAUCAGGAAAAAUCACGCUUUUAAAGCAGCUAGAUGCAGAAAUGAGGAAUCCUACAACCAAUGCUUAUGUACGAAAUAUUCAUUAUGUGUUGAGAUGUUCAUAUACAGAAUCCGGUAGUGAUUUUCAUAUUGAUUAUGAUGUGCAAGUGUAUAUAACCAAUGUGAAUGAUCAUGUUCCUAAGUUUAUAAAUGCCCCUUUUUAUAAAGAAGUGAAUGAGCUCACCCCUAUAUCAACCACAGUAUUUAUGCUCAUGAACAGGGCGGUUGAUGAUGAUUACUACGGUGCUAUUAAUUUCUAUAAAAUUCUGGGAGGAAGUGACGGAAAGUUCAAGUUGACGGGUGCAACCUCGGAGGGGAAAGUGGCUGUGGCAGCAGAGCUAGACUAUGAUGAUGGCCAACGUGAAUACGUAUUAAAUAUUUCUGCAACUGACAAUGGUGUUAAUUAUGGUGAUAAGUCUCUUUCAAAUACAACGACCUUGACCAUCAGGAUCACAGAUGGAGAUGACCAAGAUCCCAUCUUUGAAAAACAGCAGUAUUCGUUAGAAAUAACUGAAGAGAUGACUCCAAACAAUAACAUUAGUCUCGACCUAAAUGGUUCAGAUUCAUCAUCAACUAUAGGUAAAACAUUAUUUACUACACCACCUAUAAAAGCGUAUGAUCAAGAUUUUGGAAUAAACCAGACUGUCGUCUACUCCAUUGGAACAGGCAACGUUGUUGGUGGGAUUAACUAUUUCAACAUGGAUGCAUCAAACGGAGGUCUUAUACCAAUGCAAAGACUCGACAGGGAGACACACUCUACUUGGCAUCUGAAGAUAAAGGCUUGUCAAACAGACAAACCAACAAAGAAGUGCGCAACAGCAGACCUAGAAGUCAAGGUCAAGGAUGUCAAUGACAACCGCCCGAUGAUGGUCUUCAGGUCUUACACACUGUCAAUUAGUGAAAACCCCAAGAUUGGUGCUUUGAUAACCACAGUUCAUGCAACUGACCCAGACGAAGGUGAUAAUGCUGCAUUUCAUUACAAAUUAGUUGACUCGAGUGGAGCAUUCCAGCUUGAUCCUAUAUCAGGCGAAAUCCGUGUGAAGAACCCUUCGAUUUUGGACCGGGAGAAACAGGACACGUUUACCAUAGAGGCAUAUGCAAAAGAAACAAAAUCUACAGACCAAUUUGAGAGUCAUCGGGCAAAGAUUACAAUAACCAUCGAAGACAGGAACGACAACACGCCACAGUUCUACCCAUCGCUGACAUAUGUGUUCAAACUGGUUGAGAAUGCCACUAUUGACACUACAGUUGGUCAGGUGUAUGCAAAUGACACAGACUUGAACUCAAAUGCAAAAGUAAAGUAUGCAUUGGUGUUUGCAAGCAACAAUGGGUCCUAUAUAUUUGCUGUAGAUGCUGACACUGGCCGUGUGUAUACCAUCAAUACACUUACAGAUCCAUACUUCGCUGAAUAUCGUCUGACUAUCAGUGCAACUGACCAGCCACAGGAAACAACAGAAAGAAGGAGCAAUUCCUGUUUAGUUAUUGUUGAUGUUGAGAAUUUAAACAAUCACCCACCAAAGUUUAUCAACGAACCAUAUCUGGCCAAGAUAUCAGAGUCCGCAACAAAGGGAACCAUAGUUAUACAGCUAACGGUAACCGAUAUGGAUGGACCAGCUGGGCUCAAAUACAGAAUCGUCAAUGGCGAUCCGGACAACAAGUUCAAUAUAACUUUAUACGGUGCAGUUAUUGUCCAAAAUCAACUAGAUCGAGACAACGUAUCAAGCUACAGUCUUACGGUACAAGUGGCUGACGAUUCAUAUAAAACUACAAGUACCCUCGAUGUCACAGUGAUAGAUGCCAAUGACAAUGCACCAAAGUUCACACAGUCUAUUUACAAGUUCAGUAUUAAGGAAGAGCAACCGGCAGGACUCAUUGCAGGCACUGUGACGGCCACUGAUGCAGAUGAGGGGAGUAAUGCUAAAAUUGAAUAUCGCUUUAAUACCAAAUGGGCCCAAAACUUCUUCUCAAUCGACCCAUCAUCAGGGGAGAUAAAGACCACUGUGGACACCCUUGACCGGGAAAAGCUUCAGAACUACGAAUUUUUGGUGGUGGCCCAGGACCAGGGUGAACCAAAUACACUCAGUGGGAUUGCCACAGUAAUCGUCAGUCUAGAGGACAUCAAUGACAAUGCGCCAAAAUUCGAGAAGUCGAAAUUUGAAGUGACUAUCCAAGAAAAUACGAUACCAAAGAAUUUCCUCACCAUCAAGAUGGUCGAUUUAGAUGAUGGUGCUUACCAACAUGUCCAGUUCACUAUCUCCUCAGGAAAUGCCUUCUUGUUUGAGGUCACCAACAUAGACAAUACCACAGGAGCAGUAUCUGCGAGAAGGGAGAUCAGCCUUGCCUUUAAUGCUCCCAAGUCGUACACUCUGAAUAUCUCAGCCAGUAAUGUUAGGCCACUUGAGGGAAAGCUGGCUGGUCAAAGUGGGGAAUCAUCGGCGAUAGUGGUUAUAUAUGUAGAGGACAUCAAUGACAAUAUUCCCGUCUUCACUCAAAAUGUGUACACGUUUGAGAUAACGGAGGAUCUACCCGUUGACCAAAGCUUUGGAAGUGUUAUUGCCAUUGAUUCCGAUGUCACAUCUAGCAACCGCAAGAUUCACUACUGGAUCAGUGGUGGUGCCGACAGUCAAAUAUUUAGGAUCGACGGAACCAGUGGAGAGCUAUUUCUUCAUGAAUCAUUGGAUAGGGAUCCACCAAAGAACAACACAUAUUUUGAACUUGAGGUAACAGUGAGUGACCUUGUAGCUAUUACAAAUGGGACAGUUAUAAACAUCACAGCAAUUGUGAAGGUGGAUGUGAAAGAUGUAAAUGACAAUGCCCCCGUUUUUUCUCAAGCAUCUUAUGUAGCCACGGUGAAUGAAUCUCUGUCCAUGACUACAGAGAUAAACCUUGGUAUAUCGGCUUCCGAUAUUGACCAGGGUGUAAAUGGAGAGUUCUAUUACCUCCUUCAGGGCACAAACAUCCCGUUCACUAUUGAUCAGCAAACAGGAUUACUCAAGUUAAAUUCACUGCUCGAUUAUGAAAAAGGUGGCAAGCAAUACAACUUCAAAGUCCUAGCGCAGGACAGGGGCAACCCCAUCCAGACAGGGACUGCAGACAUUAGCAUAACCGUACUGAACUUGAAUGACAACCCACCACAGUUCAAACAGACAUCUUACAUAUUCAACAUCAGCGAAGCGCUUCCUGGAGGAACUUUAGUUGGUAGAGUUGAAGCAACUGACCUAGAUGGCAACAGCAUUGGUUACAAAUUGGACAAUUCAGUUCCAGCUGGGGUCUUCACGAUCGAUAGCAUUGAUGGUGACAUAAGGACUCUAAUUCCACUGGAUCGUGAGAGGAAUAGAACCCUAGCUUUUGACAUACUCGCAACUGAUGGAAAAUUUAAGACAGCUGUUGGUGUGACAGUAGUCGUCGAGGAUCAGAACGACAACUCACCGGAAUUUGAGCAGACCACCUACAAAGCAAAUUUGACUGAAAACGAGCCUUUGAGAGUGCUGUUUCAGAUAAAAGCCACUGAUCAAGAUGCGGGAGAUAAUGCCAAGGUGACGUACAGCAUCAUCAGCGGCAAUGAAGAUGGUGUCUUUGGCAUCAAUACCACAUCAGGGCAGCUAUCUAUUAUUGAUGGAUCCAAGAUAGACUACAACAAGAGGCCUGUCUAUUACAUGGUACUGGCGGCCAAAGAUGACGGACUUUCUCCAAGGAGUGGGUUCUGUACUGCUGUCCUGACAGUCACAGACGUCAACAACAGAGCACCUGUCUUCAAGCAAACAGAAUACAUUGCUAGUGUGAAGGAAAAUCAGCCAACUCAAACCCCAGUCAUAGUUGUCAGUGCUACAGAUGAGGACACUGUCGGCAUUGUAGAGUAUGGCUUUAUCGCCACGGCUGGUGUCAAAGCCAGUGAUUUCAGUAUUGACAAGAAAACUGGGGUAGUGUCAACUGGAGUAAUAUUUGAUAGAGAAACAACAGACAACUACGUUCUUAACGCAUCUGCCUGUGAUGGAAAACAAUGUGGAUAUGCAAAAAUUAAUGUCACAGUGAUGGACACGAAUGAUUAUGCUCCGGUGUUUGUUGAAAAAUCGUACGUUGGAUACAUACAACAAAAUGCUGUGGUGGACAGGUCAAUUUUACAGGUCAAUGCGACUGACCGUGAUCUCGAAAACAAUCAAGAAAUAACAUAUUGGAUUAGCAACACUGAUGGAAAGUUCAAGGUCGAUCAUGAUGUUGGGAUCGUACGGGUUGCUGGAGUUUUAGAUAGAUCUGUCAAAGAUGUUUAUGAAAUGUUAGUCUUUGCAGAGGAUCAUGGCAUGCCACCGCUACGUUCAAAUGUUUCCUUGACCAUUUUUGUCAACAACACAAAUAAGAAUGUGCCAAUGUUUUCUGAAUUCAGUUACGAGGCUUUGAUUCCAGAAAAUUCGACGAAUGGUACGUUUGUGCUUCAAGUCAAUGCAACAGACAAUGAUGACGGAAAAGCUGGAAGCGUCAGGUUGAAUAUACUUAAGGGAAACGAUCAAAAAAUGUUUAAAAUGAACCCCGAUGGUUCCAUCUACCUUAUAAAGGGUUUAGAUUUUGAGAAGGAAAAAUAUUAUGAACUAACGAUAGAGGCAAAAGAUGAGGGUGGUGAUCCCUUGUCUAGUACAGCAAUUGUUAGGAUAACGAUAUCAGAUAUUAACGAUAACGCACCAGUGUUUGCCCCAUUACCCGAUGUCCUCCAUGUUUCUGCUCAGUCGCAGGCAGGCAUUGUGAUUUAUACUACGAAUGCUACUGAUGCGGACAGUCUUCUCAAUAACAAUAACAAAGUCGUAUAUUCAUUAUUAACUCAUACCGAUAAGUUUGUGAUCGAAGAAUCAUCAGGAGCAAUAAGUGUGAAAACCGCUCCACUCGCUACAGGAGACUAUGCCGUAAAAGUUGAAGCAACGGACCAAGGUUCACCUAAACUCUCCACCGAAGCAACACUUAACGUUAAGGUCAUCUCAUCGCUGGAUAAAAUCCCUGUGUUUGGUGAAAUGCCUUUCAUUUCAAAGAUUAACGAAGCAAUUGUUGUCAAUGCUAUUGUGACUAAUAUCAACGCGAAGCUGGGAGGCAAGGGAAACGAGGACGAUGUUGGAAUCUACUACAACAUUACUGAAGGCAAUGAACAGAAGUAUUUCAAGAUCAAUUCUCAAAGUGGAGUACUUACCGUUGCCAAGAAACUGGACCGUGAAGCCAAGCCGUAUCACUUCCUACUUGUGACAGCCUAUAAUGAAGCAGAUCCACAAUUCACAGCACAGACAGGGGUUAUUGUUGAGUUAGUUGAUGACAAGGACACGCCACCAAAGUUUCCCUUCACCAGAUACGAUGUAGUGACAGCCGAAGACACUCCUGUUGGAAACCCAGUUUCGAGUAUCUAUGCCAUUGAUCCAGAUCAGAACUCUCCACUUGUGUAUACCAUUGUCGAAGACGAUUCCAAUGGUCAAUUCAGCAUCUUAACAGAAAGUAACAAGGCAGUCAUCAAGGUUGCCAAGAUACUAGAUCGUGAUCUCAUGCCAGCGAAUAGUUCUGGGAUUUACACUUUGAAGGUCAUCGCAUCAGAUGGUAUUAGCAAUGCCACUACUACGGUGAGGAUCUUAGUCAAAGAUGUCAAUGAUAACAACCCCCAAUUUCCUACCCAACAAUAUAAUAAAACUGUCGCUGAGAAUAUUGGUCCUGGCUUUGAGAUCAUCCAAGUGAAGGCAACUGACCUAGAUCGUGUUGAUGAAGGAAAGUUGAAAUACGGUAUUACCUCUGGUAAUGACAAAGGCCUGUUUGUUUUGAAUGAUAAGACCGGUGUCAUCUCACGAUCAAUGACCAAAGACCUGGACCGUGAAACCCAAGCAUCCUACACCUUGACCGUUAAUGCCACAGAUUCCGCUGGAAACACUGCGACGGUGGAUGUUGUGAUCACCCUUAGUGACAUUAAUGAUAAUGCUCCUGUAUUUGUUGGAACUCCAUAUGUGACGACUGUAAAUGAGGGUCCAGAUAGUCUGUCCCUAGCAUUCAAAGUGACAAUAACUGAUAAGGAUGCUGGGAACAAUGCUGCUAUAGACUUCAGCAUCCUCCAAGGAAAUGAUGACAAAGAGUUCGUUAUUGACACAGGAAGCAAUGUUGGCACAUUACGGGCUGUAAAGGAACUCGACAGGGAGAAACAAGGCCUCAUCAUAAAGAACGGCAUGGGAGUGUAUGUUUUGACCAUUAAGGCACAAGAUAGGGGCUCACCUUCCCUCUCUGCUACAACAACAGUGACAGUCAAUGCCAAGGACAUCAACGACAAGCCUCCCAAGUUUGAGAAGCAAGAAUACGUCGUGCCAGUGUCUGAGGGGUCACCCCUGUUAUUCACCAUCACCACCAUCGCUGCAUCAGACCCAGACGAACCGAUUAACACAAAUCUGACGUACAGUAUAGAGCCCGAGGGAAAUACGGAUGAAGCAUUCAUCGUUGACCCACAGACUGGUGACAUAAAGUUGAACAAGAGUUUGGACAUUACUGUACAAGCCAUGUACAAUUUGACUGUAAAGGUUACUGAUGGCAAACAAAGUUCAACUGCCAAGAUGAAGAUUAUUGUAGUCGAUGCAAAUGACAAUAAUCCAAUCUUCAAAGAAGCUGUGUACAAGUUCUCUGUCCCAGAAAACGAUAAAACAAAUACGACGGGACAAUCAGUUGGGGAAGUAUCAGCAACGGACAAGGACGAGGGACUCAAUGGGGAGAUUGCAUACCAGAUCACCUCAAGGAAUGCACAAGGGUUGUUUGCAAUUAGCCAGAAUGGUAGCAUCACGACCGCUGGGAUACUAAACAGGGAGCAAGUUGACAAGUAUUUCAUCAUUGUGACCGCGGAGGAUAAGGGCAAGCCAAGUCGAAGAGGCACUUGUGAAGUUGAGAUCAGUAUCUUGGAUGUAAAUGACAAUCCACCAGUUUUCGUUGAUGAACCGUAUGCUGGCACUGUAGCGGAACAUGCCCCUCCCGGCACAAAUGUUGUGGUGAAACCUCCAAUAACCACAAGAGAUGCUGAUAAUGGUGAUAAUGCCAAGAUUAAGUAUGAACUGAGUGGUGAUGAUGCACAACUUUUCACAAUUGAUGGAGCUACGGGAACGAUCAAAGUCAAGUCCACUACCUCUUCCUCCUCUAUGGACAGGGAGACAAAGGAUACUCUGAUGCUAACGGUUGUUGCAAAAGACCAAAACGGCAAUGCUGGGUUUCUGAGUGCAAGUACAAACAUCACCAUAACACUGACUGACAUCAAUGACCAGCGACCUGUUUUCAAAGAUUUGGAAUACCAGUUCAAAGUCAGUGAGGAAGCGGCGCCUAAUACCGAGGUUGGAAGUGUGUUUGCCAGUGAUGGCGAUGUGGGAGCUAAUGCCAUGAUCCAGUACUCAAUUGUAACUGGACAUGAUGGGAAGUUCUAUAUUGACAGACUGUCAGGCAACAUAUAUGUGACGGGAGGACUUGACCGUGAGACAGUGAAUCAAUAUACCUUGAAUGUGUCGGCACAAGACAGAGGAGUUGUACCUGGUCCACUGGAAGGAUUUGUGAAUGUUGAGAUCACAAUUCUUGAUUACAACGAUAACGCUCCGAAGUUCGACAGAUCUGAGAUAAGUGUUGAUGUAGCAGAGGAACAAGCUGCCCCAUCUUUUGUCACUCAAGUCCGGGCCAACGAUGAGGAUCUUGGAGAAAAUGGAACUAUCACUUACUUUAUGAAUGCAUCAGUACCCUUUGCCGUUAGUAAAGAUGGGAACAUCACCACGACUGAGAAACUCAACAGAGAAAAGACACCCGAAUAUGCUUUCCAGAUUUACGCAAACGACAGUGGAAAUCCCUUGCUUCAGGGACAGUCCACAAUUAGAGUCAAAGUCACAGACAUCAAUGAUCACAACCCCACAUUUGAAGAAGCUGUCUACAGCGCGAAUAUCUUGGAGAAAUCGCCAGUAAAAUCUGUCAUCGUCUGGCCAAGAGCAAUGGAUCCAGAUGAAGGCGAUAAUGCCAAACUGACAUACUCCCUAACUGGACCAGGUUCACAAUAUUUCGCUAUCAAUCCUGAUACUGGUCUUAUAACGAUUGCUGUCUACAUCGAUAAAAACAAGUUGAUAUCUGAAGGAUUUUUGGGGCCGAACGUAACGUCGAAUUCUGGGAAUAAUUCAACUUUGGAUUUAACUGUCACUGCAAAAGAUGCUGGAGUUCCCUCCAAAUCUGGUUCUGCUGUACUUUAUGUGAAGAUUGACGACAUUAGCGAUGAUACGCCGCAGUUCGUCAAGGCAUCGUAUGAUGUCAUUCUGGCAGAGGAAUCGCCCAAAGGAACCUUCGUAGUACAAGUUUUGGCCACGACAAAGGAUAAAACGACAGUAUUGAACUACGAAUUGACGAAAGAGAAUGAAUUCUUCUCCCUUGAUAAGACAUCGGGCAAUGUGACCACAACUGGUAAACGACUAGAUCGAGAAGAGAGGAUGUACUAUUCCUUCACUGUCAAGGUCCUCACAGCCAAUAGGAUCCCACAGAGGACAUCUUAUGCCGUCGUAUCUGUGACCUUAGAGGACAUCAACGACCACAGUCCAACCUUUGCGGACCCCAAGUAUGACUUCACUGUGAAUGAAGGCAAUCACAGCAUCCAUGCCCUUGGAACUAUACUUGCAGAAGAUUCAGACUAUGGGUCAAAUGGAACAAUAACCUACACUAUCUCAAGUGGAAAUGAAGAUGAAACCUUCCAGAUUAACAAUGCCACAGGAGUAUUAUCAGUCAUCAAACCUCUCGAUCGGGAAAAAAAGGAAACAUAUAAACUGGUAGUGGAAGCUACCGAUGGAGGAGGCAAGAAAAGUAGUGUCCUUGUUACAAUCACAGUGAAAGAUGUAAAUGAUAAUAUCCCCACGUUCUAUGGCGAUCCAUAUUCUGUCGCUGUAAACGAGAAUGACAAAGCUGGCCUUGAGGUUGUGCGAGUUUAUGCCAAUGAUAGCGAUGGUGGACUUAACGGACAGAUAUUCUUUUCACUGUUAAGUGGAGGUGACAAUAUGUUCUUCAUAGAAAACAAAGAUGGAUAUGGUAUUCUAAAGACACUUCGAUCCCUGGACUAUGAAACAACAUCCUCCUAUGAAAUAAAAGUUGCCGCAGUGGAUCUGGGGAACCCUCCAAGGAGCAGCACAGCCCAGAUCAACGUCAAUGUCAUAGAUAUGAAUGACAAUGUCCCGGUUUUCAUCCGUUCAAUUUACUUGGUCAAUGUGACAGAUGCUCUAGCAGUAGGUAGUUCUGUGAUUAACCUGGAUGCUGGCAGAGGAGAAUAUUCCUAUAACAUUUCAGGAGGAGACGCUGAUGGAACAUUCGUUAUCAAUAAUAACACUGGAGAGCUAACUACUGCCAAGAUAAUAAGUGCCAGGGUGAAAUACGAGUACCUGCUUGAUAUAAUGGCAACUGACUUCCAUGCCCCACCAUCCUCCGCUACGACAAAGGUUCAGAUUUAUAUUGCCGAUAGCAGCCCAUUUCCAAUGUUCGAUAAGAAAGAAUAUAACAUUGAAUUCAAAGAAAACCAGAGUCCAGGCCAGCUUGUCAUUGACUUGGGCACCUCAGAUGAAAAUAUUGGACGACCGGUCGUGUAUAGCAUUGUCAGUGGGAAUGAAGCAGGUAACUUCAGGAUUGUUCCCAGUGAUGGUAAGCUCUAUUGUGACAAGCAACUGGAUCGAGAGAGUGUCUCCAAAUACAUUCUAGUUGUAAGAGCAGAAGCUGUUAAAAAAAGCAAAACCCCAAAAUCAAGGAGAAGAAGAGCAACAGAUAAGCCAAAUGAAGCUACUAUCACCAUUAAUGUUGCCGAUGUGAAUGAUCACCCACCAGAAUUCCAGAGAAAGAAGAACAUUGCUGGUGUGCCUGCUGAUGCUACAUUCAACUCCCAUGUCAUUUACAUAAAGGCCACCGACAAGGAUAGCAGUGACCAGGGGCAGUUGGUCUUCAGCAUCAUCCCCAGUACGGAUGGUGAAUACUUCUACAUGGAUCCUGGCACUGGGGAAGUUCUUUCAAAGAUCAGCUUCGGCUUGUUCGCACAGAAGGAAUUCGCCUUCAGGAUAAUGGUGAAAGAUGGUCAGGGACAGGGAUUCAAUGACACAGCUGAUCUGGCGGUAAGUGUAUUGUCUGACAGCCAACAGACCAUCCUUGUUGCGAAUAUAUCACCAAACAGAUUCAGGGACAAACAGGAUGAAAUCAUCGGCAAUCUUAGUCAGAUCCUUGGCUACGAGGUCAGAGCAGAGAAGCUAGAGCCCCAUGUUGAAAAUGUAGGCUCAGGAGAAACAAGAGUAGAUGUAUCAAAGACUGAUAUGUACUUCUACGCUGUGAAUCUUCUGAGGAACACUAUUGUGCGGAAGGAAUUUUUGAGAAGAAAAAUUGUUGAAAAGAACGCCGCGAUUGAAGAGCUCUGGAAACGCUUCAGCAUCGAGGGGACCAAUUUCCAAUACAUCUCGGUCAAGAAGGUGUCAUACUCAAUCAGAACGGCAGAGGCAGCCCUCAUGGCCCUCGGAAUGGUUAUUGUUAUCGGAUGUAUCUUAGGCAUUAUUGUUGUCUACCACUCUUGGAGAAAAAGACAAGCAGAGAAGCACAAGAAUGCCAUGCUUCUAUCUCGAACAUUGAAUAAGACUGGCUCAGAAAGUGGUGUCUUCCUGGCUAAUCCUUUGUAUGCAGAGUCAACUGCUGAUGAUGAAAAUGGUGAACCAUUACAAAUUGACGAGGAUGGUAAUCCCAUGAUCAUUGUCAACGAACCAGAUACUGCCCAAAGCGAAUCCUUAUUUUCUACUACUACCUCCAUGACCUCCAUCAUUCAAGGCACAAACGGCGAAAUACCGGUAUUUUCCACCUUAAGUUCCUGUUCCUUCUCCUCUAGCUAUAGGCGUCCUUUGGUACGUAAUAAACGUCCCAAGCGAAAGAAAUCCAAGACCAAGAAGAGAAAAGAGUCCGUGCUAACAGACAAAUCAACAGAAUUUGAAGAAAUAUUUGAGUCAUCGACUGAUUACGAUGCUGUAUCUCAAAGAAGUCGUGUCCAACCAUUGCAUAUUGUGCCUGUUACUGCUACUGUCACUCGAAGCGAAAAUGACUUAGUACCAGGGACUGAGGUUGUUCCUAUGUCUGAAGUUGAAGGACUCGAUGUAGACAGACCAAGGCUUGGCAUACCCAGGAUAACGACGAGUGACGAUGAAACGAGCGCUAGUGUUCUUAGCUAUUGCAUGAAUGAUAGCCGGGAUGUGAAUUCAUCUCAAGAUGAGACAAGUGCAAGUGUCAGCAGCUAUCACAUGAAUGGUAACAAAGCUUUGCACUCAUCUCAAGUCAGUGUCCAUAAAGUUGCUAAUAAUGACGCGAAUAGCCCAAGUCCAUCUCAGAAGGGAAACAAAAGCUUAGGUCCGUCACCAAAUGUUUCAAAGGUCAAUGCAACUUUACCUCCUGCUAAUAAAGCCCUGAAUGUAGAGAGAUCUCCGACCCGCACGGAUAGUGUCAAGGGAGGACAGUUGACACCCGCUCGUCCACGUUCCACUGGGGACAAAAUUGGUGGAUCCGUAACCUCAUCACGCUUAAAUGGUAGUGCAAGUUCAUCUAUGUCGCACGACUCUGGCAUGAUUACAAUGAAUUCAGUAACACCUAUUUAUAAUUACGCAAAUGAAGACACGAACAAUAAUAAUAAUAAUGAAUUGGAGAGUACCAAUAUUGAUUCAAUAUUUCAAGAGGUUUUUUACGGAUCUGACACCUGUAUGUCCGAGGAUGACGCUGGCACAAUCAUUGGCAGCAGUGACAAAAGUAACAUGAUAAACAGUAGUGAUAACUCUCUGAUGAAUGAUCUUGGGGCAUCAGAUGACAUAAUUGUCAAGCCUUAUGUCCAGAGUGGCGGUAUUGUCAAUCCUGCGUACAAUAAUUCGGCAGAUUGUAAUUUCAACGAAGAGUUUACUUGGCUGUAGUUUCUGUGAUACAUUGAUAUCCAUUGUUGUUGGUGGGAGUUAUGUGAUGAUUGCAAAAGGGACUUCUGUAGCAUGUGAAACUCUUCACUGCAAACAUAGCAGAGAAGUUUAGGCAGUAUCCAUGUUUCGGGAUAUGUUCCAUGCGAAGACAAACGUGUAUACAUGAAUAUUUUUGUAUUUUCUCAAUAUUUAUAUAAAUGUUGGCAAAAAGAUAUUAUAUAACUUGUUUCCCGAAGACUGCAGCUUUAUGAUUGUUUGUUUUAUUUUUGCCAAUAUUUCUUUGUUAACCAUUGAAAUUGAAGCAGUUACUGCAUUCUUGAAGGGUACUGAAACAUUGGAAUAUAUAUUUACCAAAUUGAUUAUGGUAAUGUCUUGUGUAUAUCCUGCAUCUAAUGUUACCUUCUGAUGUACCAACUUUCUUACGUUAAAUAAAGCACAGUUAAAAUGCUGAACAGCUAACUUUGCUAUAUAUUUUUCUUAAUGUCUUUUGACCGGAGUUCAAAAGCAAGAAUGUAUGUUACGUCCCCAGUCCAGUCUUUGGAACUACUUAGUCAAAGGUUGUACCAGAACAUUUAUACAAAAAAAUAUUCUAUAUUCUUCACACAUAUAUUGUACAAAUCACAAAAUCUGUUAACAUUCAAGCGGCAAAGAUGAUAUCGAAGUCCUAUGCAUUCCAUAUCGGUAACAUUCCACAUGGCAUGAUGAUAGCGCCAUGAAAGCAUAAUACCCCUUCUCCAUACACGUUCCAUUCUUUUUACUCAUCAGCAAUGCAAACAAUACCAUCUUACCUAUAUAAGCUAUAACUGUAUUGAGAUUUGGGUAUGAUAUAUCUUGGAGAGGCCACCAUUUCUUAUACAAAUUGUGGUGGAAUUGGGUCUCAUAUUAUGCAAGAUUGUACUUGAUGAUUGAUAAAGAUGACACAACUUUGUCUUUACCAAUGUUUUGCUUUCACUCCUUCCAAUGCCACAACCAUGAUUGAACAUAUUGAGGUGUUAAGUAUUCAAUACUUAAAGGUUAUCAUUAUUCAUUCUUGUCUAUUUCGUGCAAGAAGUAAAAUAAUAAGAAUUACUGCCUUGUUAUCAUCACUGCACUGUUAUUUAUUACCAAUAAUUCAGUAAAUAUACCAUUGAGAUGUGAAUGCUGAUAUUUGUAGCUCGUAUA